AUGCGCGCCGUCUUCCAAGGUCAGCGUCUGCGCCCAAAAGGGGCUCAAUGGAGCGGAAUUUCUACGAGAGUCGCAGUUGCUGCUCGUGGCUUUGCUUCGUCGAGUCAGCUGUUGUCGAAAGAGCCACUAAACCGAUACAGCAAAACGGUUACGCAGCCAAAAGACCAAGGAGCCAGUCAGGCCAUGUUAUACGCCACCGACGGAAUCACCGAGGACGCUGAUCUUCAGAAGCCUAUGAUUGGCGUCGGAAGUGUCUGGUACGAGGGGAAUCCGUGUAACAUGCAUACAUUGGAUCUCGGGAGACGGAUAAAACAGUCUAUACAAAAGGCCGACUUGAUUGGCUACCAAUUUGGCACCGUCGGUGUCUCGGAUGGUAUCAGUAUGGGCACGCGGGGGAUGUCCUUCUCGUUACAGUCACGAGACUUGAUUGCCGACCAGGUUGAGACAGCCGUUGGCGGGCAUUGGUUGGACGGUGUCGCAUGUGUCCCUGCGUGCGAUAAAAACAUGCCAGGUGUCCUUAUAGCCAUGGGACGCCUAAACAGACCGGCUAUCAUGGUUUAUGGCGGUACAAUCCGACCUGGCUCCUGCGAGGGUGCACCUCAGCUCGACAUCGUCUCCGCUUUCCAAUCCUAUGGACAAUAUCUGCAAGAUGGUCAGACAGAGGAUGCCGAAAAGUUCCGAUAUAAUACUGUUCGCCAUGCCUGUCCAGGCCCAGGUGCUUGUGGUGGAAUGUACACUGCGAACACGAUGGCUUCCGCAGCAGAAGUCCUCGGUAUGACACUCCCCGGCUCGUCAUCCUUCCCAGCUACUAGCCCCGAAAAACUCUCCGAGUGCGACGCCGUCGGCGCGGCUAUGCGCAAUCUCCUCGAGCUCAACCUCCUUCCGCGUGACAUUAUGACACGCACGGCGUUUGAAAAUGCCAUGGCCCUUGUCAUGAUCCUCGGCGGCUCCACCAAUGCCGUCUUGCAUCUGAUCGCCAUCGCACACUCUGUCGGCGUCAACUUGACUAUUGACGACUUCCAAAGCGUCUCGGACCGCGUGCCUUUUAUUGCGGACCUCAAGCCCAGUGGAAGAUACGUGAUGGAAGAUGUAUACAAGAUUGGCGGUCUUCCAAAAAUUCUCGACUAUCUCAUGGACAAUAAGGUCAUCGACGGCAACACCAUGACCGUCACCGGCAAGACGUUGGGCGAGAACUUGGAAAGAUGGGUACACAAGCACGGUAAACUCGACUUUAAGAGUCAGGACGUGAUUAGACCUCUCGAGAACCCAAUCAAAGAGACUGGUCACAUUCGUAUCCUGCGUGGUAACCUCGCUCCAGGAGGAGCAGUUUCAAAGAUUACAGGCAAGGAGGGACUCGCGUUCACGGGCAAGGCGCGUUGCUUUGACAGUGAAGACGAGAUGGUCAAGGCGGUCGAGAGCGGCUCGAUAAAGAAGGGAGAGAAGACUGUCGUCGUGUUGCGAUAUCUUGGUCCAAAGGGCGGACCAGGUAUGCCGGAGAUGCUCAAGCCAACGAGUUUGAUCAUGGGCGCUGGCUUGGGCAAGGACGUCGCUUGCUUGACCGACGGGAGGUUCUCUGGAGGGUCUCAUGGGUUCGUCGUCGGGCAUGUCGUUCCAGAGGCCCAAGUCGGUGGACCGAUCGGUCUCGUCAAAGACGGGGAUGUCAUCUCUAUUGAUGCCGUAAAGAACACGAUCAAUGUCGACGUCGACGAAGCAGAGAUGAAGCGAAGGCGAGAGAGUUGGAAAGCUCCUCCGCUCAAAGUCUCACAGGGCACCCUGUACAAGUACAUCAAAAUAGUCGAGGAUGCUAGCCAAGGCUGCGUGACCGAUGCAUAG